UGUGGAAAUGGUGGGAGAAGACCGCUGGAACAGGGAAAGGAGCAAAGGGGGCGGAGGUGGAAACGGGAAUGGAAGGAAGGGAAGAAGCACGUGGAAAAGAACACCUGAGAGACAGGGGAUGGUGGAGGCUUGAACCAAGAACAGAAAACAAUACGGGAAAGAGGAGAGAUUCGGGGAUGUGGGGCUCUUGGGAUCCAGAGGAGAAGGGUUUCCAGAACAGAAGAAAAGAGGAGAGGAAAAGGAAACAUAUGGAGCAAAGAUAAAAAAAAGAGCCGGCAGGCUGAGGGAGAGACUACAGACAGUAGCAGGAACAGGAGGAGAAAAGAUGGAAACGGGACUCCAAGUCAUCUCCAAAGUUUAAGACAGACACAUCCUUUUGCCCAAGCUGAGCUCCGAAGCGGGGACUGGAUUUCCCAAAGAGGCUCAGGAAGGCAAUAGAAGAACUUCUCAAGGAAGCUAAACGAGGGAAAACUCGAGCAGAGACAAUGGGGCCUAUGGGGUGGAUGAAGUGUCCUCUUGCUGGUACAAAUAAAAGAUUUCUGCUUAAUACAAUUAAGAACACGUUACCCUCCCAGAAGGAGCAAGACCAGGAGCAGAAGGAAGACAAUAAGGAACCCGAGCCAAGUCAGAACCGGAAAGAAGAAAACCCAAAGAAACACAGAACUCAUCCGUACAAACACAACUUCCAGUCUCGGAGAAGAGUUAGUUAUUCUCCUCCAAGGAAGCGGAACACCCAGGAGAAGUAUGAAAAGCAAUCUAACAAACGAUGAGGCAGGCACUGAAGAAUAGGCAAGAACUGUUACAAGCAAUGAAUGUCAUUAAAUUUUGAACUGGGAAAGUGUUUAGCUUUCUUUUAAUGGAGAAGGUUGUUCAAGUGCAGGUCUUUAGCUAACAGGGAAGACAGCUAAGAAAACAGUAGAUAGAUAUUUUGUUGUGAUUUUUAAAGAGUCUGUUGGUCAUAAAAAAUGAUCCAGUAAUUCUUCUUUCUGAAAAUUAAUCCUAAGGGUAGAAGUCUUGACACGUUUAUCAUAUUUCAGUAGUGUGUAGAUAUUUGUUAUUGCACCUUCUUUUGAAAGUUAGUUUGGAAAUAAACAAAUCUACACUUAGAUUUAAAGUUUUUCAGAGAUUGUUCAAACUCGUUCAUAAAUAUCUGUUGUAUUUCAAUUGUGGUCAUUUUUCAGAACUUGGAGCAAAACUGAAACUCCUUUAACUCUGUAUUUUAGAUUUGGGAGUAUCAAAUUUAAUGUGUUCAAGAAGCUAAACAGCAGAAAUCUUCUGGCUGUGGAAAACUUUUAAAAACCUCCCUGUAAGCUUUCAAGUGCUAAAGUUUGUCAAGAAAUUUUUUAACAUCUCUAGGACUUAUUUUUUUUUAGAUCACAAUAUAGAGCAUUCUUUAUAUGAUUUUGAAUUUACCUAAGAUAAAUUAAUGGAGAUGAAAAAUCCAUCUCUGUUUUCCUCUUGCAGCAAAAUUCUCAUGUGUAUAAGAUACAUUUUUUCCUGAAUUAAUUUUUUCUGAAUUUUUCUCUAGAGCAUAUAAAUUGAGAGGAAUAUAGUUUGGUGCUUUAGACAUAACCCUCAAAACUAGACUUACUGUGCUGCUGUGUUUGAUGUUGAGGAUUUUUAUUCAGUGCUCUUUGGUUUUUCAGCUUAAAUCCCCUAGUAUAGAUAUCACAGUGCAAAGUUGUACCAGAAAUCUUUUUAACAGAAAGUGUGUUGGAUUAUCCUCUCCCCGCCCCCACCCAGUGUUGGCAUAAGCAUUUCUUGAUAUGAUUCUAAAUCUCACAGAGAUUCCACUCCCACCCCCACCCCCAAACUCAGAACUACAUAACAAUGUAUUCCUAGUCCACAGAGAGGAGAAGAGUCUCUCUACUCCCUUCCCAAAUUUUCCAAGGCGGCUGGGCUUAUGCCUGGCUGCCCCCAGAUAAUCACUCAGCCACAGCCAUACUCCCAGCAGCCAAGAAAAGCUCUUUCUAUGCACUGAAAAUCAGCACAUUAGAAAGGCCAGCUCCAGAGUGUUGUAGAGGAGCCAGAGAAUGCCAUGACAAAAUUGCUCUGUCUUCCCCAUUGCUACCCUACCACACCCUCUUUGUGUGCCCUGGGCCAUGCAUCCAAACUUUUCUAUGAAGCCCAAGCUUCUGUGUGGUCAGAAGCUUGUGCAUAGAACCACUCCAACUAGGAGGAUGGGGGAAAAAAUUCCUCAUUCUUUCCUUUUGCCCUCCUUCCUCCUGCCAAAAAAAAAAUGUAGGGGGAGUCCUUCCAUAACUUUCCAAUAGCUAAUUCCCACCCCCAUCAUACAUAGAAGGAAGAACUGAGUUAAACUUGACUUUAUACAGAAGUUGUUAUGCUUAAAUAAUCUUUACAUCUGUAUUAUUUGUGUUAAUUUAUUUUACUUUGAAACAUUUUGUAUUCAAAUAUCUAUUAGAAACAGAAAAGUUAAAAAGUUGGGAUUUUUUGUAAAUUUUUGCUUUAAAUGAGUAAAAAUAAAGUUAAACUGUGUCA